AAUACUAACACUUUAAUGUGAUUUUAGGAUACUGUAUGUUUGACAUUGCUGCACAUCGACCCCCGUUUAAAGCUUCUGACAAAACUGGACUUAUCAACAAAAUAAACCGGGGUUUGUUCUCACCACUUCCGAUUAUAUACUCCUCCACCUUGAAACAGAUAAUAAAAAGCAUGCUAAGGAAAACUGCAGAACACCGACCUACAGCUGCCGAGCUGUUGAGACAUCAACAUUUGCAACCAUACCUCCUCUUGUGUCACAACCCUUCAUCUGCGUUUCUUCCUGUGAAGUCCCCGAGUAGAACGAAAGAGAAAACACGACCAUCACUUGGAAAAUCUAUCAGUCUGAGAGGUAGCAGAGACAGACAGUUGAAGCUAAAAGAGAAGAGAACUGUCCUUUACUUUGACGAAAGUGAUAACAUUCAGACAAGAAACUUAUCGGACUAUUAUAACACGUUCCGAGCCAAACUUGACACUAAGAGAGUCGAUCCAACAAGCUACUCGGUUAGGAUCUCUCAAGAUAGUGAGGAUUAUAAAAGUGGGGAGAUGAGUGAGGCAGCUGUUUGCAAUGGAUAUGAUCAACAGGAGACUAUCUCACAAACAGAAACUACGAUCACUCCAAGCUCGUCAAGUUCAAGGGAAAAAACAUGGUCCGAGGAACAAGAGCAUGUUUCUCCGGAGGAUGUUAGUCGAUUUGAUGAGGGUGAUACGAAGAAUAACAAGACAAAAGAGCUUGAGGUGUUGAGCAGUCCACUGGACCACGAGGAAGCAGAUAUAGUGUAA